AAUUACCGACAAUUCCCGGUUGUAAUUAGGAAUGAAAAAAAAGUCGCAUAAGAACAUAAACACAGUGCCAGAAAGAUAAGGACAAAAUCGUCAAUCAAUGUAAAAAAGAAUCGAAACGCAUUAAUUUCUUUCUUUGUCGUCUUCGUAAAUCAUAAAAAAAUAGGUACACCCCCCUAACCUUAACCUUUACUUCACCUGCCCCAUUCCCCUAUCCUCUCCCAAUUUCAUCUCAACACAUACCUUAACCCUUCAUUCUUCACUGACCCAAUUCCGUUACCGUUAUAUCUACCUCAACUUUCUUCUCUUUAUUAAUCAACAAACCAAACCAAAACCUUUCUUUAUUAUUACCACAAAAACACUUUUCACACCCCCUUCUAUCAUCUUCUUCUCCAUUCACCAAGAUUCCAUCUUUUUCGUUGCAGGAGAAACAAAAUCCAAAAGGGUAAUCGAAUCUGCGUUUCAAUUUCAAUUCAGUCGUUGAAAUGAAGCGUCCACUUUCAUCAGCAGCAACGAGUGAGGACAGAAAAAUGAAAAAGGUGAAGGAGACAGAAACAGAUGAAAAGUUUGAAAAAAUUGAUGGGGUUUGUGAGAAGAAUCGUGGGUUAGCGAGUUUUGAUGAAAACAUGCUUUUUGAGGUUUUGAAACAUGUUGAUGCAAAAACAUUAGCUAUGUCUAGUUGUGUGAACAAACAAUGGCACAAAACAGGACAAGAUGAGAGACUUUGGGAAUUGAUCUGUACAAAACAAUGGGCUAAUACUGGUUGCGGUGAACAACAGUUACGAUCUGUUGUUCUUGCUCUUGGUGGGUUUCGUCGUCUUCAUUCUCUCUAUCUUUUGCCACUUUCAAAGCCACAAACAUCAUCAUCGUGUUCUUCAUCUUCCUCGUCUUCAUGGGGUCCAAUAUCACAACAAGUGAUUAGGUCUAAACCAUUACCUCGUUUGGGGAAAGACGAGGUUCAUCUUUCUCUUUCACUUCUCUCUAUUCGUUAUUAUGAGAAGAUGAAUUUCAAUAACAGAAACAUGUGAGAAAUUAUGAAUUGAAUCUUUCAUUCAUCCUAUGUUGUUGUUGUUGGUUGGUUGGUUCUUCUACAUUUUGUUUUUGUCUGUCUUUCCUACUUUGGAUCACUUUUCUUUUCUCUGUGCGAUUUAUAUUAUAUUAUUAUUAUUUUUAUGAAUUGUAGUUACCAGAUCUGAUUUUAAUUCUGGCAAUUAGUAUGUCUAAGCUGGUUUGUAAAUUAAUUAAGAUGAAAAGAAUUGUUGUAUUUUUAUUUUUGUUUUUAUGUACUACCUUACUUAUGACAAACAAUAGUGCUAUGUUGAAUUUGAGAUUUGAAUUGCUUAA